AAAGUUCUUGAGUUGAAGAAGAAAGCAUAUGGUUUUUUGGGGCAUUCGAUCUUUCGCACUUCUGAUCCGCCGACCUCUUCGAUCCUCUUUGUGUUCGUUACUCUGCUUGCAGACCCUCGUAGACAAGGUCUGCGUCAUGCUAGCAUCCCAUUAACUCAAAGAGUGUGAGAGUGCAAUAGUAGAACCCAUGGGGGCUGAAAAUCAUGCUCAGCAGCAUUUUCCUACUAGGCCUGUUGGCACACCUUUUGCUACCACUCAGGCCGCGUCACCCUUUUCAUCCUCUGGUCCUGUAGUUGGAUCAGACGCCUCUCGUUUUAGACCUGCCUCUCCUGCUAUGCCGACAAACACAAUGCCUUUUCCUCCAUCCUCUGGUCCUGCAGUUGGAGCAGGGAGCCCUGGGUUUAGACCUAUGCAACCAAGUAGGUUCCUUGAUCCAUCUGUUCCACCACCAUCAACAUCCAGUGUCCCAGCAACUGCUGGGCCUUUCCAGCGUUUCCCUGCUCCACAGUUUGCUUCACCAACUCAACCACCUCCUUCCCGAAUCCCACCAAUGGGGCAACCCCCUGCUGCUUAUGCAUCGCCACCUCCAGUUUCUUUUCACCAGCAGACUCAGAUUCCUUCAGUGCCUAUGGGAUCUCCUCCUCAAAACUUAGGCCCUCCUCCCACAAAUGUUCCACAGCCUAUGUCGGAUCCAUCUUUUCCAUCAGCCAGGCCUAACUUUCACUCCUCUUUGCCUGGUUAUGUCCAUAAGCAGCCCAAUGCAGAUUUACAAUCCCAACAAAUGCAACCUCCUUUGGUUAGUCACCAAGGGCAGUAUAUUCCUCCUUCAGCACCAGCUUCCCCUUUCCUUGGUCACCAAGGAGGUUAUGUUUCUCCUCCUCAAGCUGCAGCCUCACAGGGUUUGCUGUCCACAGACCAAAAGCACUAUCCAGGCACUGGGCCGCCCCUUAGCUCCAUUCAAGGAUUAGCUGAAGAUUUCAACUCACUUUCUAUUGGAUCUGUUCCUGGAUCAAUUGAUGCAGGAAUUGAUCCAAAAACACUUCCAAGGCCAUUGAAUGGUGAUGAAGAGCCUAAAUUGUUUUCUGAGAUGUACCCCAUGAACUGUGAUCAGAGAUAUUUACGGCUUACAACCAGUGCCAUUCCCAGUUCCCAGUCACUGGUCUCAAGGUGGCAUCUACCUCUCGGAGCAAUUGUUUGUCCACUUGCAGAAGCUCCAAGUGGGGAAGAAGUGCCAGUUAUCAAUUUUGCUUCAACUGGUGUCAUCCGCUGCAGAAGGUGUCGCACUUAUAUAAAUCCAUAUGCCACAUUCACAGAUGCAGGAAGAAAGUGGCGCUGCAACAUUUGUUCUUUGCUGAAUGAUGUUCAGGGUGACUAUUUUUCCCAUUUGGAUGCUACUGGCCGGAGAAUUGAUUUGGAUCAGCGACCUGAGCUUACUAAGGGUAGUGUGGAUUUUGUUGCUCCAACCGAGUAUAUGGUUCGGCCACCUAUGCCUCCACUGUACUUUUUCCUUAUAGAUGCUUCUAUAGCUGCAGUUAGAAGUGGGAUGUUAGAGGUUGUGGCCCAAACAAUUCGAUCAUGCCUGGACGAGCUGCCUGGUUCUACAAGAACACAAAUAGGUUUUGCGACUUUUGACAGCACAAUACAUUUUUAUAAUAUGAAGUCGACUUUGACUCAGCCUCAAAUGAUGGUGGUUUCCGAUCUGGAUGAUAUAUUUGUACCUUUGCCAGAUGACCUCCUUGUCAACUUGUCUGAAUCCAGAGCUGUGGUGGAAUCAUUCCUAGAUAGCCUGCCGUCCAUGUUUCAGGACAAUGUGAAUGUUGAAUCUGCCUUCGGCCCAGCCCUUAAAGCAGCAUUUAUGGUCAUGAGCCAACUUGGGGGGAAGUUGUUAAUUUUCCAAAGCACACUGCCAUCUCUUGGUAUUGGCCGCUUGAAGUUGCGUGGGGAUGAUCUUCGUGUUUAUGGAACAGACAAAGAACAUUUGCUAAGACUGCCGGAGGAUCCGUUCUACAAACAAAUGGCUGCUGAAUUUACCAAGUUCCAAAUUGGGGUCAAUGUUUAUACAUUUAGUGACAAGUAUACAGAUAUUGCUUCCUUGGGGACUUUGGCAAAAUAUACUGGAGGUCAGGUGUAUUAUUAUCCUGGCUUCCAAUCUUCCAUUCAUGGGGAAAAGUUGAGACACGAGUUAGCAAGGGACUUGACUAGAGAAACUGCCUGGGAAGCUGUAAUGCGUAUAAGAUGUGGAAAAGGGAUCCGCUUUACAUCAUUUCAUGGAAAUUUUAUGUUAAGAAGCACCGAUUUAUUGGCACUUCCGGCUGUAGAUUGUGAUAAAGCAUUUGCAAUGCAAAUUUCUUAUGAGGAGACCUUAUUAACUACUCAGACAGUGUACUUUCAAGUUGCCUUGUUAUAUACUGCAUCUUGUGGAGAGAGACGUAUUAGAGUGCACACAGCAGCAGCACCUGUGGUUACAGAUUUGGGAGAGAUGUACCGCCAGGCCGAUGUUGGUGCCAUUGUUUCCUUGUUUAGUAGGCUAGCAAUUGAGAAAACACUGUCCCAUAAGCUGGAUGACGCUCGCACUUCAGUGCAACAAAGAAUUGUUAAAGCCUUGAGAGAGUAUCGUAACCUCUAUGCUGUACAGCAUCGAUUGGGAGGCAGAAUGAUAUAUCCAGAGUCUCUCAAGUUCUUGCCUUUAUAUGGAUUAGCAUUGUGCAAAUCAAUACCUCUUCGAGGAGGUUAUGCUGAUGCUGCGCUUGAUGAGCGAUGUGCAUUAGGCCUCGCAAUGAUGAUUCUUCCUGUUAAAAACCUAUUGAAGCUUUUAUAUCCAUCAUUAAUUCGACUUGAUGAGUAUCUACUGAAGGCAUCUCCUGCUCAGACUAUUGACCUUAAUAGCUUAGAGAAAAGGUUGCCGCUGAGUACUGAUAGCUUAGAUUCCAGAGGCCUGUACUUAUAUGACGACGGCUUUCGCUUUAUUAUAUGGUUUGGUAGAGUGCUUUCACCUGAUGUGUCUAUGAAUUUACUUGGGGCAGACUUUGCAGCAGAACUUUCGAAGGUCAUCCUUAGGGACCAUGAUAAUGUAAUGUCGAGAAAACUAUUAGAGAUGCUGGAGAAAUUUAGAGAAAGUGAGGUUUCAUACUAUCAGCUAUGUAAUCUUGUUAGACAAGGUGAACAACCUAGAGAAGGCUUCCUCCUCCUAGCAAAUCUUAUCGAGGACCAAGUGGGUGGUACCAAUGGUUAUGUUGAUUGGGUUCUACAAAUACAUCGCCAAGUUCAGCAAAAUGCUUAAGACAAGAGUUCUUCAACUUAUGAUUUGGCAUAAGAAGCGCGUUGUGUCGGAAACAAUGCAAAAUUAUACUCCUGGGACUCGGCUUCAACAACUGGCUUGCUCACUCGCUCUGGGAAGCCACGGGGAUUCAGCUGCUUCAUAAACUUGUUACCAGAUACAUAGAUUUUGGUUUCUUCAUAAAUUUGUUAACAAUAAUUUAAUUUUCCUGUCACCAUUCAUUAUAUGUAAUAGGGAUAUCACCACCAGAUUUUAUUUUACUUUAUUUCUCUUAAUAUAUUAUCUCCUAGAUUUGGUUUA